UUUGGUCUCAACAUUACAUUCGCUCUACUUUUAAGUGCACAUGUACUGUACCUAAGACGUUCUACUUCUCUGCUAAUGGAUUCGAGGACGAAGCAAUCACCUCCGACUAAUGGAGGAUCGAAAAAGAGUGUCCGAGCAGGUCUGAGACUAUUGUUACUGGUAAUCUUUGUAGGAUGGAUUAUGAUGUGGAUUAUGUUACCUGUAAAAGUCUAUAAGAAUGUAUGGACACCCAAACUCAACGUCAAGCUGAAUUCCAAGUUCAUUGGCUCCCAAGGGGCGAAUCUCGUGAUCUUCACCUUUCCGAUUAUGUUAAUCGCGGCCCUUAGCUGUGUUUAUCUCCAUUUAGAGUCCAAGCAUGCUGACAAUCACAAAGAGAGUUCAAGAAGUCGUCUGGCAGUUCUGAGACGGCCGGUGCUAGUGAAAGCCCCGCUAGGAAUCGUUACCUCCAUGGAAUUGUUGUUCUCAGCCAUGUUUGUAGCACUCAUGAUCUGGUCUCUGGGCAAUUACUUAUAUGUUAACUAUCAGCACCUCCAUAUGCACAAAGUAGGAGAGAAAGUAUGGCAAGCAAAGUUCCGAGCUGUGUUUCUUAGACUGGGAUACGUUGGAAACAUCUCAUGGGCUUUUCUCUUCUUCCCUGUGACACGAGGAUCAUCAAUCCUUCCUUUGGUUGGAUUAACAUCGGAGUCAAGUGUCAAAUAUCAUAUUUGGCUGGGGCAUAUUUCUAUGGUUCUCUUUGCUUUACACAGCAUAGGUUUCUUCAUAUACUGGGGUCUAACCGAUCAAAUGGCUGAUGGCCUUGAAUGGAGCAAAGAUUAUGUAUCAAAUGUUGCUGGAGAGAUUGCUUGGGUUGUUUCAUUAGCAAUGUGGGCCACAAGCAUUCCCCGCGUUAGACGAAAAAUGUUUGAGCUCUUCUUCUACACUCAUUACCUCUACAUCGUCUAUCUUGUUUUCUAUCUUCUUCACGUAGGAAUCGCUUACUUUUGCACCAUUCUUCCGGGUGUUUUCCUCUUCUUAAUUGAUCGGUUCUUGCGAUUCUUGCAAUCACAAAAAAGGGUUCGAUUGGUUUCUGCCCGAGUUUUACCUUGUGAAACCGUCGAGUUAAACUUCUCUAAAAGCCCAGAACUACAUUAUUCUCCAACAAGCAUGGUUUACAUAAAUAUACCAAGCAUCUCCAAGCUACAGUGGCAUCCAUUCACUGUAACCUCAAAUUCUAACAUGGAGCCUGAUACGCUAAGCCUUGCCAUCAAAUGUGGAGGAAGCUGGAGUGAAAAUCUGUACAAAAAACUUUCUUCAAUUUCUUGCGUAGUGGACCGCCUUGAUGUCUCAAUUGAAGGACCGUAUGGACCUAACUCGCCUCAUUUCCUAAGACAUGAUGUCCUAGUCAUGGUGACCGGAGGCAGAGGAAUUACUCCCAUGAUCUCUAUCAUUAAAGAGGUUAUAUUCAGGAAAAACACGUCAAGCAAUGCAACUCCGAAGCUUAUCCUAAUAUCUGCCUUUAAGAAAUCCGCCGAUCUUGGCAUGUUAGACCUCCUGCUUCCCAUUUCUGGAACACCUUGGGAUUUAUCUGGUAUAAACUUACAGAUAGAAGCUUACGUCACUACAGAAAAUCAAGAGACAGAAAGUACUGCGAAGCUUAAUCCGCAAACAAUUUCCUUUAAACCCAACGUCCACGACGAACCACUGACUGCAACUUUUGGCCCGAAUAGUUGGCUUUGGCUUGGUGUCGUGAUUACAUCUUCAUUUAUCAUGUUCCUCCUCUUCUUAGGUAUUCUCACUCGCUAUUACAUAUAUCCGAUCGACAAAAAUACAGAAAAGGUUUAUCACUAUUCAGGAAGAGCUCUUUGGGAUAUGUUCUUUGUUUGCAUAUGUAUAGCUGCAGCGGCUAGUGGCGCUUUUCUAUGGAACAAGAAAAAUUUAUCAGCAAACCGAGUUCAGAACAAGGAUAUCGUAACACCAACUAUGUCCCCAGCUGGCUUAACCACCGAAUACCCAAUUCAAGAACUUGAAAGUGUCCCUCGCCAGUCUCUUGCUCAAGCUACCAAUGUGCACUACGGUUCAAGGCCUGAUUUGAAGAAUAUACUAUUCAACUGUAAAGACUCAAACGUUGGAGUUCUAGUUUGUGGGCCGAGGAAGAUGAGACACGAGGCUGCUAAAAUUUGUUCGUCUGGUUUGGCGGAGAAUCUUCAUUUCGAAGCCAUUAGCUUCAAUUGGUGAUCAUCAUUACUAUCUACUAGUGAUGGAUGAUGUUUGGACUGCGACUUUGCCCUUGAUCAAAAUUCGUGUUCUUUUUUACUGAUUCUGUUUAAUUAUGUAACUAAUGUAAGUGCGAAACAAAAUGCACAUUUGUAAAUAUAAGACAUGGUCAAUAUUGUGCCGAGUGAUAAUGCUGUUUAUUGCUUUCUAAUGUUUGUGUGUGUAACUUGCUCAAAAAAUAAAAAAAAAUGGUGUUUUAUUGAGAAAAUGGAGAAAAAAACAAGUCUG